AUGAAACCUGCGCAGGACUCUCAAGAAAAGGUUUCUAUUGAACAGCAAUUGGCUGUAGAGUCAAUAAGGAAGUUUCUGAACUCGAAGACUUCUUAUGAUGUGUUACCUGUUUCCUACCGUCUAAUUGUCUUGGAUACUUCUUUACUAGUGAAAAAAUCAUUGAAUGUUCUUCUGCAGAAUAGUAUUGUCUCUGCGCCACUAUGGGACUCUAAGACCUCCAGAUUUGCUGGGUUACUGACCACCAGAGAUUUCAUUAAUGUCAUCCAAUAUUAUUUUUCCAAUCCGGAUAAGUUUGAAUUAGUAGACAAACUACAAUUAGAUGGAUUAAAGGAUAUAGAGCGGGCUCUCGGAGUUGAUCAACUAGAUACAGCUUCCAUUCAUCCAUCCAGACCGUUAUUUGAAGCGUGUCUCAAGAUGUUGGAAUCAAGAAGCGGUAGAAUACCAUUGAUUGACCAAGACGAGGAGACUCAUAGAGAAAUCGUUGUCAGCGUUCUUACCCAAUAUAGAAUCUUGAAGUUUGUUGCUUUGAAUUGCAGAGAAACUCAUUUCCUUAAGAUCCCAAUUGGGGACUUAAACAUUAUCACGCAACAAAAUAUGCAAAGUUGUCAAAUGACAACUCCAGUCAUAGACGUGAUUCAAAUGCUUACCCAAGGCCGUGUUUCUUCUGUUCCCAUUAUUGACGAAAACGGUUAUUUGGUCAACGUAUAUGAAGCAUACGAUGUUCUGGGCUUGAUCAAAGGAGGCAUCUACAACGACUUGUCAUUAAGCGUUGGGGAAGCCCUUAUGAGAAGAAGUGACGAUUUCGAGGGUGUUUAUACGUGCACUAAAAACGACAAAUUAUCUACUAUUAUGGACAACAUUAGAAAAGCAAGGGUACAUAGAUUCUUUGUUGUCGAUGAUACCGGACGAUUGGUCGGCGUUUUGACGCUAAGUGAUAUCCUUAAAUAUAUCCUUCUGGGUAGCAAGUAA